AUGGUCACGACCAAGCAAAUGCAUAACAUGAUUUUGUCUCGACCCAACAGUUGCGAAUUCCGCAGUGGCAUGUCCGUUCAGGAGCUCAAACACUUGACGGCACAGCGUCAGCAUUUCGAGUUCUAUGCUCGCAAUCCUCCACGGGCUGUGGACUCGACUUCUCGCUCAUCGUCGCUGUCUACGUCACCACAAGGCUACAUGGAUCCUUUCAGUCAACGUGGACUUGCGACCGACAAGAUGUUUAUCACGUGUGGUGGACAGGAAGUUAUCUUUAUGGAAGGCGUUGUCAAUGCUCCCAAAGAGGUUUCUAAUUGA